GAGCAGAUGGCAGGUAGGAGGAGGCUGCUGCCCUGUCUAUGUCUGGGACUGUUUGCGGUUUUGUGCUGGGUCUGGGUCUCUUUCGCCUCUUUCCCGGACGAACAGCUGCACCUGAACGCCUCCUCCCUGGAUGCCGUGGGCCGAGGAGCCUUCCAGCCCCAGAGUGCUCUGUCAGACAUGGAGUUUGCUUCCGUAGCUUCGUACCGAGGACCCGGUAACAGCGACCGCCGCAGCAACAAGGAGCUGCCCAUUCUCCUCUGGUGGAGCACCGGACUUUUCCCACAUUUUCCUGGAGACACUGAACGCAUCGACUGUGCCACGUCCUCGUGCCUGGUCACAAGUAACCGUAAGGUCCAGCUGUACAAGAGGACAGCAUCCAUCAUCUUUUAUGGGACAGACUUCAGGGCAUAUGAGGCACCACUUCCUCGUCUCCAUCACCAGACCUGGUCACUCUUCCACGAGGAGUCACCCAUGAAUAACUACAUCCUCUCUCAUGGACCGGGAAUCAGGCUCUUCAACUAUACAGCCACGUUUCGCAGGGAGUCGGACUACCCCCUGACCCUUCAGUGGCUGCCCUCCCUGGAGUACCUGCUGCAGCCUGUGGCUGUGGCCCUGGAGGAGAAGAACCGCCUCAGGAGGGAGGGUUUGGCUCCUGUGCUCUACAUGCAGUCCCACUGUGAUGUGCCGUCAGACAGAGACAGAUACGUCCAGGAACUCAUGAAAUAUAUUAAGGUGGACUCUUAUGGGAAAUGCUUGAACAACAAGCCUCUACCAGAACAUCUGGAGGACACGGCCACGGCUACUGGCGAGGAACCUGGCUUCAUGAAUUUUGUCGCUCGCUACAAGUUCCACCUGGCGUUCGAGAACGGCCUCUGUCCCGACUACAUGACAGAGAAGCUUUGGCGGCCCCUCCACCUGGGCUGCGUGCCCGUCUACCGAGGCUCCUCUGUGGUGGGUGACUGGAUGCCCAACGACCACUCUGUGAUAACUGCAGAUAAAUUCCCCUCGCCCAAAUCCCUCGCCGACUUUCUCAGGCGUCUGGAUGAGAACGAUGAUGAAUAUGCAAAAUAUUUAAAGUUCAAAAACCCCAGGAGCAUCAUGAACACUCAUCUGCUCGAGGCGCUGGAGACCCGCGAAUGGGGAGUUAAUGACAUGAGUAAACCGAACUACUUAAAUGGAUUUGAAUGUUACAUUUGUGACCAGGAAAAUGCACGACUGGCCUCAGAAAGAGCGUACAGAAAAUCUCCCAACACGAAACAACCUCCUCAGCCUAAAAUGGCCAGCAACUCUCACAUGGGCUGCCCACUGCCCAGCCCGGGGUACGGAGACGCCCGAGACCUGCCCACCGAUGACGGAUGGCUGCAAAUAUGGCCUCAGGAUUACUGGCAGAGCCUGGACCAAGCUGAGGGGCUGGAGUCACUGAUAAGACACAACGAGUCAGACUCCUCUCUGCUGUGGAGGCACAUCCAAAACAUUGCUGUGAGCAGAGCCAGAGGAAAACACUGACACAGGCCAUGAA